GCCCGUCCCGCCCCCCGCGUCACCCGUGCGCGCCACCUCCGCUCGGGCAGCGCCGCUGCUCCUCCGGCCGCGGCUCAGCGCGGGGUGUAACAUCUCACAGCAUCACCCUAGAACAGGCUCUGGGAGUCUGCAGCCUUCGCUUUGCUCCUCUCCCAAGCGUUCUUAGUCGGGCAAGCAUUAAUGGAAGUCUGCAGCCUCAGCUUGGGUUGUUACAAUUCUUUAACGAGUCAGGAGUGAAAAUCGGGUUCCUCAGACCACAGGAAGGUCCAUCUGUGUGUGUGUGCCCACUGCUCCUGGGGAGAUGUCCAACGUUUCCAGCUACGCCCUCCGCAUGGCCCGGCUCAGUGCCCAGAUAUUCGGCGACGUGGUCAGGCCCACGGACUCCAAAUCCAUGAAGGUGGUGAAGCUGUUCAGCGAGCAGCCCCUGGCUAAGAGGGACGAGGUGCACAACUGGUACCCCCCUCACAACACCUACUACGCCCUCAUGAAGAAACUCCGCUACUUCGGGCUCUACAGGGAUGAGCAUCAGGACUUCAAGGAGGAGAUGAGGCGAUUGAAAAAGCUCCGUGGCAAGGAAAAACCAAAGAAGGGAGAAGGAAAGAGAGCUCUCAAGAAGAAGUAGUGCUGCUUGAACAGUGUAACUGACUGCUCUGGAAAUGGUGGGGAAUGGCUGGAGAAGGCUUGGCAUGUGGGCUGUGUGUGGGGUACAAGAAACACGCUGUGAAAUUGUGGACUCCACCUUGGGAAUGCACUUGUGUCUUUGAAGUUCUACUGGUUUUGAAUUUCUAUACUUCAAAUAUAAUGUGUCUUGCAGCACAGUAAUAAAAGAAAAAGUGCUCAAUGUUUUCCUUGAAA